CGUCACUGCAGUGAAGGGGCGUGGCCUAGCUGUCGCCAUGGAGACGCGUGGGGGCGACCACGGGCGGCCAAGGCAAAGGCCCUAGAGGUGGCAGCAGUGGCCGCGGCGGCGCGGCUGAACCCGGUCUGGCUGGAGCCCUCCCGGGCUCGGGCAGCCGGGGCGGGCGGGAUGAACGUCCGAGGCGGACGAGGAGGUCCGGGGGCCGGAGAGGAGUGCGACGAGGACGACGACGAGGACUACGAGGAGCGGGAGGCCGUCACCCAGGUCUUCCACGUGUCCCGGCUGCCGCCCAUCUCCGGCUACGUGCCCGAGACCAGCCGGCGAAAGGUGAAGAAGAAGAAAAAGAAGAAGAAGUCGUCGGCCACCGGGCUGGGCAAGGGCUCGGGCAAAGGCAAGGGCUCGGGCAAAGGCGAUGGUUCCAGCAAAGAUCCUAGCUCCAAACUAGAGUCUAUGAAAGAGGUUAAAAGAGAGAAAGAGGAAAACAAGCAUCCCUCUUGUUCCUCCUCGGCUGAAGUGGAAGAGAGCCUUUCCACCAAGAUCAAUGAGAGUCUCCGCUGGGAAGGCAUCCUGGAAGACCCAGUAGCAGAGGAAGAACGGAUCCACAUCUAUAAACUCAACAGAAGAAAACGGUAUCGACUUUCAGCUCUGGAAGGAUUUUGCCCAACUCCAAGUGUCCUGGAAGGGAUUAAUGAGAACGUCUCAGUCCUUCCAGACCCAGAGAGCUGUAUGAACAGCAAACAGCAAGCCAUGAAGGUGGAUUGUCCCAAUUGUUUCCUUGAUGGAAACAUGACAUCAAAGAUCCUACCCUCUCCAGAAUUAGCGACAGCCAAUGUAUCCAAGCAGAAGCUUUCUUCUGCUUUGGCAAAUCUAUCCUGAUCCGAGGGGGGGGUGUGUGUGUGUGUGUGUGUGUGUGUGUGUGUGUGUGUGUGCAUGCGCUCAAGAGCACGCAUUUGCACGUAUACAAAAAUUAAAUAAUGGAAACCAGGCCAACCCUCAAGAGGACAGAUACUUUGUUUUGCUAUUACGAUCAGCCUCUCCUUUCAAUAAAAUGUUAUGUACCAAAAUAAAACCACCUCUUUAUAAAGAACAACAACAA